AUGACCACACUUUCUUGUUCUACCAUUUCUCAUCAAGGACAGUGCUACGUGACAUUGUGUUGUGCAGAAGUACCUCACAAGUAUAAAUUUGCUUGUGGUCUGAAAACUCGAGUUCCCGAGCGUAUGAAAUUUCACGUGACUCCUCCACAAGGGACCAAGGGCAGAAUGAGCAGCGUGUCACAAAUUAAUGACAGUACACUCGUCAUUCGCUGA